AUGUUCUGUCCAUGCGCCAAAUCCUACUUUGUGGUCGAAGGCCUGCAAACAGAGCAACCCCGCCUUGUCCGUUCGAGACUUGAACGGUCCCCAACCUCGAAUGCCCGUGCUCCCCUUCCAAUGCAGAUUCGACCGCAUUCGUCGAGGGAAUCUAGCAGUGAUAACGUGGGACAGAGAGAAAGCGGACAAGGACAGGGGCAGGGUUACGGGAACGGGUACGGGCCAGGUAAAGUGCCCGCUAUCUUGAUUACUCCAAUUCCAGAGGAGGCAGAGUUGGCUCAUAUGGAAAGCAAGGCCCAGGAUCACAAGUGA